AUGGAACACGUCCUUGUCACCGCAGAUGAGAAUGGUGAGUACUUGUGCCCUCAAUGCGAGGUCAAGUACACCCGCCAGGAGUCACUGCGCAUGCACUGCACACGCAAACACGGGCUCGCCAUCACCUUCAAGGUCAAGCGUACUGCUGCCGAGAAGAGCGAACAAAGCCGCCAGCGAAAGGCAAAGUGGUCCGAGAAACAAGCGGCAAUUCGUGCCCUUGUUUCGCUUUCGACCGUUGAAGAAAAGUGCGAUGCGUUUUCGCGUCGCGACGCGAGAAAGCGUGGGGUCCAUGAAGCCAAGGAUCCCAUCGUCUACACCAAGAUGUCGUCGAUCCAGAAUGCAGGUCUCGAAUAA